AUGGCCGCCUGCAAGCGUCCUGCCGCCGUCUUCGACGCCGACCACGCGACGACCACCCAAGUAUCAACGGCGGCAUGCAAGAGGAGCCGUCCCAGCCUCAGAAGCUCGGAUGAGUACGAGGAGGUGACCCGCCUCGGCAAGGGCGGCUUCGGCGUCGUCGUCCAGGCGCGCCACCGCGUCACCGGCAAGACCGUCGCCAUCAAGUACGCCGCCGAGCUGGAGCAGGAGGCCAGCUUCCUGCAGGCCUGCAGCGGGAACCCAUACGUGGUCGGCUUCGAGGGCCUGAUGCGCGACCACACCACCGGCGGUCACUGCCUCGCCAUGGAGUACAUGGCCGCGCCGAGCCUCCAUGCCUUCUUGUGGGAGAGGCGCCGCGACGGGCCGCUUCCGGAACCAAAGGUGCGCGCCUUCAUGUGGAAGCUCCUGACCGGGACCAAGAUGAUGCACGACCGCCACGUGGUCCACCGCGACAUCAAGCCGGCCAACAUCCUCGUCGGCCAAGACGGCGAACUCGUGAAGAUGUGCGACCUCGGGCUCGCACUCCACAUGUCCGACUCGCCGCCCUACUCCCAGGUCGGCACCGUCCCCUACAUGGCGCCAGAGAUGCUGCUGCACAAGCCGGAUUACGACGCGCUCGUGGACACCUGGUCGCUCGGGUGCGUCAUGGCCGAGAUGCUCACCGGCAAGAUUCUGUUCUACGACGACGACGACGACGACGGCCACCAGGACCAGUUCAACGACACAACCCACAUAGUCCAGCUCUGGAGUAUCUUCCGAGUGCUCGGCAUGCCCGACGACCGGACGUGGCCGGAGUUCAAGUCCCUGCCGCUCACCGCCAAGUUUCAGCAGCUGCUACCCGGGGGGCUCAAUCACAACAGGCUGCGGGAUAUGUUCCCUGAAGAGAGGCUGUCAGAGCAAGGAUUCCAGGUGUUGCAAGGGCUUCUCACCUGCAAUCCCGACAAGCGACUUACGGCGGCCAAGGCGCUCAAGCACCCAUGGUUCACCGCUCCUCGUCCCUCUGUUGCCGCUGCAAAGGCUGAAGCUUUGCCGUUGCGGAGAAAGAAGACGCCAGGCUUCUUGGUUGCACUAGCGGCGGCAUUGAAAGCACAACAGGUGUAA